AACAGUUAAAGUGGUAGUUGUGGGUAGAGUAGUGUUUACUCUACUCUUCCAAACAUUGAGAAUGAGAUAUCUAUACUAGAAGUGUGUUAGUAAGCGAUUUAUGACCCACUAGUUGGUGUAGUGUAACCAUAGUUAUGUUUUGUGAACAGGUAAAACCAUAGUGGAAAAGAGACAAAUGUUGUUUGAUUCGACGAAUACGCUAAACAAAUGCAGGUGUUUAAUAUUUGAUGUGCAGGUAUUGAAGAUACAGGCUCAAAAUAUUUCUGACUCUGAUGAAAUGUUUGAUAUCGAUAACAUGGAUAAUCCUGAAGAAACUGGACCGUAUUUAGAAGGUGACAUUAAGGGUGCAGCCGCUGAUUUCUUUAGUAUUCUACGUAAUGGUGUGGUAUCAACUGUCUAUAGAUGGCCUCAAGCUAUAGUGCCAUAUGAAAUUGAAGGAAACUUUGAAACAAAUGAAUUAAGCAUUAUCUCACAUGCCUUUAAUGAGUAUCAUACCAAGACAUGUGUACGUUUUCGCAAACGUACCAAUGAAAAGGAUUACAUAGUGCUUACCAAUAAGCCAACUGGCUGUUGGGCUAGUUUGGGACGCAUGGGCGGCCGUCAAGAAGUUAAUCUGGAAUCGCGCAAAUGUUUUUUUAACUAUGGCACCAGUAUGCAUGAGCUAAUGCAUGCUUUGGGUUUCUAUCAUGAACAAAAUCGUUUUGAACGGGAUUCUUAUGUCAAAGUAAUAACGGAAAAUAUUAAACCUAAUAUGCUGGUGAAUUUUGGCAAAUUACCUCAUUCUGCUGCAACGGCCUAUGGAGUUCCUUAUGAUUAUGCCAGUAUUAUGCAUUACAGAUCUACCAGUUUUUCUAAGAAUGGCAAACCCACCUUGGAAGCUUUGCAAGCUACGCCAGAAGCUUUAAAAAUGGGCCAACGUCAUGGUUUCUCUAAAGGCGAUAUUCUAAAAAUUAAAGCCAUGUACCGAUGCCAAUGAAAAUACUUAGUGGGAAAUUUAAUUCUUUUUUUUUUUUAUUAUAGCAAUAACAAUUUAUUUAAAAUGUUUUUUUUUUAUUUAAAAGUGAAAAUAUAUAAUUUGUUUAAAAUCGAAAUUGUUAACAACAAUCUUUGGUUAUAAAUUUACUGUAACUACAACUAAACUACAAUAUAAAUAUUUGUUUUUUUUUUAAUCUUUUUAAUUAAUAAAAAUAUUUAAUUAUUUUCUUUUAAUAAUAUUGAUAAAUAAAAAAAUAAUUAUCGAAUUAGUUAUA